AUGAGCUACACUGGCUGCAUUCCGUGGUCCGACCCGUUUUCCGAAAAUAUCCACUACAUUUACCAGUUCUUCUAUCUGUUCGCGGCCAUCUGCCUCAACUACCGUAUCCUCUACGUGAUUUGGGUCUCGAAACGACAAUUCUACAGUAAUCAGUCGUUCUACAAUCUCUACAGUAUCGACUGUGCGCUCGGCAUUCUCGCAAUGUCUUUCGACCUCGCGUUCACCCGAGUUUUUCUCUUUUUUCCCCAAUUAUGCGAGUGUUUGUCGCGAUUCGUCGGCGGAUCCGCGGUUUUUAUGCGAAUUUUGUAUGUAAUCGUGGGCUAUUUGAAAGCCGUCAAACCCAUAAUUCACAUUUUCGUCGCGUUGAACCGAAUGAGUUGUGUCCUGUUUCCGGUCACUUAUAGUCAGGUUAGGUUUCAAGAUUUACCAUUGUUAGACAUGAAAAUGGUAGAGAAUUUCAAGCUCUACAACUUUGUAGUUGAACAUUUUUCACGAAAUUGAAUGUACGUUGAGAUAUUCGCGUUUUAGUAAAGCGUGUCAUACUUUUGAGUGCGCUCUGGUAAAUCGACAAUAUCUUCCUUCGUUCAAGGUAUGGUACAAAAUUGUCAACUACAAAGUUAUAGAGCAUCGAAUUUUCUAUCGAUUCACUUUUUAAACAGCCAAAAAGAUCAAAAAUUGACCGAGAUACAGUUAAGCGAAAUAUCGAUUUUUUGCGGAUUUCAGAAUUGGGCACACCGCAUGCGAGUCAUGAUUGUUAUUAUCGUUUUGGCGCCAUUCGCAGUCAUUUGGAACGUGGCCAUCAGUGAUAAUUGGAUAAUUUACGAAAACGGCGGCUUCGCAAUCACCUACACCCGUAGAGUUUCAUGGGUAAGUGCUCUCAGAAAAAAAAAAGAAUCUCAGCAAUUUCAGGCAUCCCUAUCCCGAAUGCAAUUAAGUUUAAUCAUAUUAACCGUGCUAAUAACGAUGGUGACGACUACAGUAACCUUCUACAAAAUGCGGACGAUGAAGAAGCGAAUAAAGAGUUCGGAGCGGGCGCUCUGCCUCGCCGCCGCCCUCAUUUCAUUCGGAUUUCUGUUGGAAGCCGUCACGCAGAGCGUUUUCGCGUUUUUCAAAGAAAAAGAAUGGCUCGCCGAUGUUAUGGGCUACAUUCAGUUCAGCACUUGGGACAUUCUCAAUGUCGGGUAACGUACAAACUUUGCCCAACAUUUUUUUCUUCAAUUUUUCUCGGAUUUUUUCCCCAUAUUCUCCACAUUUAAAGGUGGUGGGUGUCCAACAUAUUUUUAAAAUAAACUGCGAAGUGGGGAAUUCACUUUCCCAAAGUCCCGAAUUACGAAAAAAAAUUCCCCGAUUUUUAAGAUUUUUUUCAAAAAAGUUAAUGGUACCGAGAGAGAGAGCUGGCCUAGAUUUUUCUAGUCCCCGGAUGGAAUUCGACCUUUUUUCCGAUUUUGUGUCCGUUUUCGUGCAAUUUUCUUAAAUUUUCAAUCGUUUUUUCACUGAACACACACACUUAUUUGCAAUAUUUAAAAAAAUUUAUAAUUUUAUCUGUGCCGUGACGCCAAAAAAAUCGAUAAUCUGAAACUUUUUUUUGUUGUUUUUUUCCGGGUUUUUCGCUCAAUCUUCGGUUUGCGCGCUGAAAAAUAAAUAACUGAAUUUCUGAAUUUUGCUGAAUUUUGAAAGUUUCAGAUUAUCGAUUUUUUUGGCGUCACGGCACAGAAAAAAUCAUACAUUUUUUAAAAUAUUGCAAAUAAGUGUGUUCAGUGAAAAAACGAUUGAAAAUUUUAGAAAAUUGCACGAAAACGGACACAAAAUCGGAAAAAAGGUCGAAUUCCAUCCGGGGACUAGAAAAAUCUAGGCCAGCUCUUCCAUUUCGCCGUCUACUUCUCUCGGUCUUAAAAAUCGGGGAAUUUGUUUCGUAAUUCGGGACAUUGGGAAAAUGAAUGCCCCACUUUGAAGUUUAUUUUAAAAAUAUGUUGUAUGUCACGUUGGACACCACCUUUAAGCCAUUUUUUUUGAAAAAAGUUGCGCUUUUUCAAAGUUUACUAUUCGUGAGCUUUCAGGUCUCCGCUGGUACUUUUGCUCGUGAGCCACCAAUUCCGUGCGCACGUACUUUCGAUCCGAACCCGACGGGCUCAUCGCGUUUCCUCGAUCAACACUGCCGCCGCCGCCCAACACCAGCAUCAGAAUCAUCCGACUAUGACGAGGUGCGCAAGAAAAAGUUACUUCCGCGUGUGCACUAGUCUUGCUCUUUGAGCUACAGUAACCCUGCACACAUCCCUUAGUCGGUGGUCACACACACACAAUUCUCAGAAUCCGUGACGAUCAAAAAGCGGCGGCGCGCGUGCUCAAAGUUCGAAACGUGUAAUUAGUCGUCGCGUUUCUCGUGAUACAAGUCUCGCGAGACUCGACGAUAUUAUCCAUUCGCAUUUUCACGCUUUUCAGCUCACAAGUCGUCUCCUAAAUGGCGCCGGUCUACUCGAAAAACUGCAGCGACGAGUUUAAUCCGAUCGUCGAGAAUUUCAAGUUCGCCGCCCAGACACUCUACCUCGUUCCCCUUCUUUUACUCCUAAUCUGGAUGGUCAUCACUAUCCGCUUCCGGCAUCGCAAGCACUACGCCUACGAUCUCUUCUUUUGGCUCUUCACCGUCGAUUGCGUGGCGGUAAGUGCAAAUCUGUGCAAAGAUUCGAAAAAAGCUCGUCAAAACGGGUCGUUUGGUAUCAAUCAUGCCCUGGUUCGGAGUGAUGCGCUCGGUGGCCUAGGUUUUGCAACGCAUGGCCUAGAAAACCAAAUUUCGCGAAUACCCGCUUUUUGAGUGUCUAGAAGCGUGUUUUAACACUAUAAGAGCCCAAAAACGUGAAAAAAUGUGUCAAAUGUUGCAGAGCAUCCUCCUAAUCCUGCAGGACCUGCUCGUGACUCGUCUCUUCCUCUACACCCCUCAACUUUGCCCGAAAUUCUCGCGGAUUUUCAUCGAUAACCCCAUUAUUUUGAACAUCUACUUCCCGUUUUACAAUUACGUGCGAGCGCUCAAACCGCUGGCCCAAUGUGCAAUGAUUGUGGCCAGAUAUUUGGAGAUUUUCAUGUCUUUGCGAAUUGACAAGGCAUUUUUCCGGUCUUUUUCCCAAAAAAUGCCAACUUUUUUAGCGUUCUCCUCGAUUACCGACGAUUUUCGCGUCAAUUGUCUGCAUUUUACCGCUUUUCGUCAUUGCGAACACGAUAAUAUCGGAAAAAGAGGUCGUUUUCUGGCACGGCGGAUUCUUUGUCAUCUACCAUCGACAUUUCACUUGGGUAGGUUGUCCAACUUUGCUCUACCGUAACUCGGUCCAUUUUGAAGAUUUUGCAAUAGUUGAAAAACAAAAAGAUAGAUAAAUUGAUGGGCUACAACUUUGCAGUUGAACACUUUUCACAAAAACGCGCCUACUCGGAGAUACUAGCGUUUUCCUGACAGAUACGCAAUUUUGACUCAACUAAAAGUGUCGCUUUAGAAACACGGUUAUAUCUCAAAAUUGAAACAGUAUCGCAAAAAGUGUUCAACGACAAAGUCGUAGAGAAUAAAAUUUUCUAUCAAUUUGUUUUUUAAUCAUCACAAAAGCUGUAAAAUUGACCGAGAUACAAUAGCUCAAAGUUCAGUAAUUUUCCUUCAAUCACAUUCCUAUCAAACUUCUCAAAGAAUCCGAAAUGUUUGCAGAUAAGUCUGUCAAAACUUCAUUUCUCAAUCCUUAUCAUCACUAUAAUCACAAAUUGGAUCGUUUCUAUGCUCUACAUACGCAACUUCGACGCGACCGAAUUCGCAAAAACCAUUCCGGUGUUUGUGGGCCCAACUCUCUGCGUUUCCGUCGGAUUCUUCCUCCAAGCAAUCUUCCACAGCUACUAUGCCUUUUUCCGCGACUCCUCUUGGUUCCCGACCAUUUUGCUCGAUGCCCAAUUUCUAUUCUACGACCUCGUCACUAUUCUGUGCGUUUUCCGACGGUUUCAGGCGCAAAUUCGGGUUGUCCGUGUGAUUUGAAAAGUUUUGAUAUACAUCAUGACCCAGUUUGGUCGCGCUUUUGAUUUUGUGUACUUGGCGUGACGUGCUCCGCGAGCCCUGGAGCUCCAAAAAUUUUUGACGAUAAAUGUUGACAAUAUGGGUAUCAAAUCACUGGGAAUUAUCUCAAGAGCUCAAAAAACCACGUGAAAGAGUGAAAAUGUGAGGUUUAGCAGCAUUUUUUCAGGACACCAUUGUUCACUAUGGAAAGGUCAAAGUUCUACGAUCAUCUUUUCGAGCCGAAGAAACUUGCGUACAAUUAUUUCGAGAAUGAACCUUCGCGGGACAUUGAAAUGCACAAUAUUACGGGAACGGAAGCGUCGGCAGUGCUUGACGCUCCAACUAUUGUCGAUAAUGAUGUUUAA